AUGUUUGUUAGUUGUACGGCUGUUAUCAAUAUAAAAGUAAAAUUUGGGGACUGUGGUGAUAUAAAAGGAUGUCUGCACAUUGAAAAAGCUUCUUUUCCUCGUUCCGAAAAAAUCCAAUCAAUUCACGACGAAAGCAUGAAAACACCAGCAGCAGCAACAGCAAUAACAUUCAACAGUACCUUCAGCACCACCAGCAAACCAAAUCAAAUCAGUAGCAUACCAUCUAAUAACUGCACAACUCAGGAUCAGCAUGCACUCUAUUUUGAAGCAUGUACAAAGGCAGCCAGAACUAUCAUUUCCAAAGAAGUUUAUUCAGGCUAUACAGAGUUACUACACAUUAAUGCGGCUGUAAGAAAUUUAUUUCUUGCAAAUUUCGCGAGUAUAUUUCAAGAUUAUGAAAAUUUCCUAGUGUUGGAUAAGAGUUUCGGUGAAAAUUCAGGUGAUAAUUGUGAAAAUAUUUGUUCCGGUCUACAAGUAUUUGAUAAAGUUGGCUUCUUAAGUGAUCAGCCAGAGACGCAUUUACCAUUUUUAAGUGCAUUCCUAGAAACACAAAUGUUUGCUAGCUUUUUAGACUCGCGUAUCAACUGGAACAAUUUAUUCAAUAGUUUAUCAGACAGUCAAGCUAUUCAAUUCACCAAUUCACCUCCAAUGCAUUUAACUGUUUUCCAUCUGUUAUUGUCGAAAUCGCGCAAUGAUAGAAAGGCAAUAUUUUGCCAUCACGCCGGUGAUAGCGAUCGUUCUACUACUACUACUACUACUACUACAACUACUACUAUGGACACAACCGGUUCGCCAGACAACAAUUUUUAUAAUUAUGUACUCGGUUAUCAACAGAAACAAUGCAGGACAACUGAUUCACACUUUCCCGAUUUUAAUUCCCAGCCAAUUUUCGAUAAUUUUAACAAUCGGAUUAACGAUGAACCCUUACCAGAUUUGCUUUAUGAUAUCAAAACAGAGUUGAAUGUCAACAAAACCAAUCAUCAACUGUUGUAUAUGUUACCUUAUAAUUCUUCAAGUGUAACACCAACGACUAAUGAUGGUAUUGUCCAGUAUGGUAAAUUUCCAACAUUGAGCAGUGAGCUACUACGCUUUUAUUCGCCAGAUUCACAAAUGAUGAUUGCAGAUAGUCAUCAGCAAAACAUCACACCAAAUUGUCAACAGCUUUUUUCAAAUAUUAAACAUUCUAUUAGAAACGACAGUUAUAAAUUACAGAAUAAUAAUAAUUCAUUAGCACAUAGAAAGUGUACAACUGUUUCUGGGAAUCAUUUUCAUAGUGCGCCACAAUCAGAUAAAAUUGGCCGACAUAUAUCUCUUCCAGCUAGUUCAGGAGUUAUAUCACCGCCUAAUCGAUUGAAUAAUCAAAUCGGUUGUAUGUCUACACCAACAAAACGAGUGGCCCCGUUAUCAUCUAUAAUCAAUACUAUGAAUACUGAUGUGUUGCAUAAUUUGAAUAAACCAGAUACUAAGAAUUCAAUUAUACCUAGUGGGAAUAAUGGCAAGUCGACAACAAAUAGAUCGUUUAUUCAUACACAUCAUCAGUUCGCUGAUUUACAACGUAAUGGAAUGGCUCAGGCGAAUUGGGAUUUCGUUGAUGCGUUGCUGGAAGAAUGCAAACACCGGACUAAACGCAUGGUUCUUAAGAAAAUCGGUCAAGAAGCUAUUGAAAUGGGGCAUGUUGAUCCAAAUAUUUCUGUUGUUGAAGAAAAUACCUUAGUAUCCGGUUUAUGCGAUCUUAUGGAACGAAUAUGGUCACAUGGUUUGAACAGGAAAUUAGGUAAAUCAGCUCUUUGUAGUUCACCACGCAUAUCAGAUCUACGUAACCGGUCCGUUGGGAGUAUCAGCUCUCGUAUUUCUGACUCAGCUGAGACGAAUCAAGAAAUAUCUCGUGUUGAUCCAAAGUAUUCAGGUUAUAGUUCGUUGAAACGUGUUCGCAAAUUUUCACGCGAUACAGCUGAGUCGAAUCCAUCUGUUGCUAAAAUAAGUCAGUCCUCUUAUCGAUCUGCUCGUUUUCCUUGGCAAGAUCCAUAUUAUCCGUCUUCUUCUUCGUCCUCUGCACUGUCCACAGCCUUUCCACCUAAAUUGUCAACUAAUUUGACUAACUGGAAAAUGAAACUACAAAUGUUGGAUGUCCGUGGAUCUUCAAAUCGUGCGCAUAGCGCUUCUUCUCGACAAAAAGAUUACAGUUCAAAUUCUUCGCAUGUCGGACAAUCUUCGAAUGCAAAUACUGGUAGUGGCGCAUUCACCACGACUGAAGCAAGUGGUGCUGGAAUGAUUUUGGAUCUGCGUAAAAUAUUUGGACCUCAGUUUACUGAGCAUUCAUUGAUUGCCGAUAUUCAUUCAAUCCAGUCUAUGAAAAGUGUUAAAACCGAUAUAGGUUUUGCGAGAGCGUUUGUUCGUUUAGCUUUGGAAAAGAAACUUCUGUCUGCUCAUCUCACACGAUUACUAAUGGACACAAAACUGCUAAGGCAUAUGUAUACAAGAUAUGCAUUUCUACGAUGUGAAGAAGAACGUGAACAAUUUCUGGUGCAUUUACUGUCACUAAAUGCUGUAGACUAUUUUUCCUUUACGCGAAUGAUUAACCAAAACUGA